AUGGAGAGAAAUAAGUUUUUUGCUGCAAUUAGCUUUGAGGACGAAUCUCUCGCUAGGAGCAUUUUUGAAUCAAUCUCUGAAGCUCAAGUAAAUAUUUGUGAUGAUGAUGAAAGAACACUUUUACAUAAUGCGGUAUCUAAAAAUAAAUUAUUUAUUGUGGAAUUUCUUAUUAGUAAAGGUGCUAAUGUAAACACCUCAGACGAUAAUAUGUGGUCGCCACUUCACUCUUGCUGUUCAAGUGGCUAUUUUGAAAUAGCGAAGUUACUUCUUGAAAGUGGAGCAGACUGUAAAGCUAGAACAAGCUCAGGAUGCACUCCACUUCACUAUGCAGCUUCAAAGGGCCAUGAUGAUAUUGUGAAGCUUAUAAUAACGAAAGAUAAAUCAGUGAUAGAUAUUCAAGAUAUAUAUGGAAGGACUGCAAUAUUUAUGAGCGCAUGUUCUGGAAGACAGGAAUGUUUUGAUCUUUUGUUUCAAGCAAAUGCAGACCUAAGUCUGAAAGAAGAGGCCACUGGAGAUACAAUCCUUCACGCCGCAAUAAAUGGUUAUCACGAAGAAAUUGCACAUAAAAUCGCCUCAAAGAAUCCGGAGAUGCUUAUGGUAAAGAACAAAGAUGGCAAAAUACCACUAGAUCUAUCAUCUAAGGAAUUUACUGAAGAACUAUUCGAAAUUAUUAAGAAAAAUUUUGACCCAAACAGUAUAGAAGAACUACUUUCCAAAUAG